AUGACCUAAAAUCCAGCAAGAUACUUUAAUACUAAACCACCAAGAGCACCAUCUCCUGUAGCUAAAGACGAAUCAGAAGCAGCAUCCAUUGAUUAAGCCAAAGACUUUUUAGAGAAUGUUAAGGGUUACGUUGAUGAAUUGAAUGAUUACAACGAAUGGUUACCUAAGGUUAUGUAAUCAGAUAAGCCAGUUAUUCUUGAUUGUUAUGCAGAUUGGUGUGGUCCUUGCAAGAAACUUACUCCUAUUUUAGAGGAAAUGACUGCAGCUGGUGAAGGAAAGUUCAAGCUAGUCAAAAUGAACAUUGAUAAUUUGCCUUAGAUUGCAACUGGACUCAAAGUUAGGAAUAUUCCAGCUGUUUUUCUAAUAAACAAAGGUGGGAUAAUAGAUACAUUUGUUGGAAUACCUACUCAGGAACAUCUAUAACAGUUCUUCGAGACUGCUAUCUUGGUAGAGCAGAUUUCUCAUGAUGAGAACGUCAUUCAAAGUCUUAUAACUAAAGCUGAGGAAUAUGUGGAUACCAAUAAAUUAGAUUUAGCUGAGAAAAUGUAUCUUGAGGGUUAUUCACAUGAAAACUGGAGAGAAAAGUUUGGCCCUUAAUUCUUGGUGGGCAUAAGUUAUUGUUUCGUCUUCAAUCAUAAGGACACUAAAAAGUCGCAAGAGACAAUAAAUAGCAUCACUGAGCCAUAGAAGAAAAAUCUUUCAGAUUACUACAAAAACUUAUUAAAUAAGGUUCAAGCAGAGAUUUUGAAUAUUUUGCAUACCUAAAAACCUAGCGAUGAGGAAUUAUAGCUUCAUGAAAAGAUUGAUAAAGACCCAAGUGACCUCUAGAGCAGAUAUGACUUAGCAAAGAUGCAAUUUGAAAAGACUAAAUAUGAUGAGGCGAUAGAAACUUGUUUGCAAAUAAUGCAAAUCGACAGAAAUUGGAACUAAAAAGCAGGCUACACAUUAUUGCUUGAAGUCUUUGCAAAGCUAGGUUCAAGCAAUGAGGUGGUCAUCAAAGCAAGAAAGAGACUUUCAAAAAUAUUGUUUUGA